AUGGCUAUCCUCAUCUGGUGCAUCCUGACAGAGCAACUCCUCAACCUGCUCCGACACAUCCGGGAUGCCAUGGGACAUGUACAGAUUACGGGUAACCUGUCUUUCCCUGCCUUGGUUUCAGAUUUAGUCUCUGCAGCAGGUGUGUCAUAUCGGACAGAAGACACGAAGGACUGGAAUAUCUUGGCACUCACAGUUGAUGUUGUAACGAAAGUUAACAAUCAUGUCAUGUCAUUACUCCGUGGUAAUAAAAAGGUUUAUCUGAGUUCUGACUUAAUAUUGAAUGAAUAUGGUCACUUGGAAUCUGAAUUAUACACAAUGAGCACAGAGACUUUGAAUCCAUUGAACUGCUCUGGUAUUCCACAACACAAGUUAGUUCUUAAGAUUGGUGUUCCUGUCAUGCUUCUUCAUAAUAUUGACCGAUCAAUCGGAUUGUGCAAUGGGACAAGAAUGCAAGUUAGGCGACUUGGUGAUCAUGUUAUUGAGUGCGUGAUACUAACUAGACGUAAUGUUGGUCAGGUAGGCCAACUAGCACUUAGUCAUAUUAUUCAAAUAGGCAUAACUCAAGUUAUCAAAGCAAACAAGCAGGGAUAUAGUGCCCUUCUCACUCUUACUUUAUCUUGCGUCCCGCGAGUUAUAGUGUCUAGCAUACUCUUUUGGGUUAUAGUGCCUGAGUUCACUCUGGCAGUAGAAAGGUUAUGUGAACGGGAGACUGCCAUAGCCCUCACAUCUCAACGUAGGCAGGAGACUGCUUCGUCUCCUACGCCGGCACCGCUACCUCAAACAAGCGAGAGACUAUCACAGUCCUUGCCCGAGGGGCAUAGCGACUUGCCAAACAUACAAUUCAGUAAUACAUCAUAG